CUGGAUGAAUAGAAUCAUUAGAUUUGGAUUUGCUACUUACGAGUCAUUGAUACAGAAAUUAAGCAGUGCUGAUAGUCCCGCAACUAUCUUACAAAUAUUCUAACAAAACAAAGAUUUGUUCAAGCAAGAGCAUGUGGUGCUCUCAUUGAGAAUGUUGGGUAGAUACAGCAGAUAAUUGAGACAUGAUAAUAACUACUCUGAAUUAACCGGUAAGUUAAAUGAGAUUGUGGAUCAAUUGACUGAAUAUGGUAUAUAAUUGAGUAUUGAUUAUUUUAAGACAUUAUCGAUGUGUUGUUUUGGUUGAGGAAAUUCAGAUAAAAUAAAAUACCCACCAAUUUCCAAUAACAGGCCUAGAUCAAAUUAUUCGAGAGAAUUCAAUAGAUGUCAGAGAAUCAAAUGUUCUCAUUUAGAAAUAUGUGUAAUGUCUAUUUCGACUUAUCACUCCUUAAUCAUUCAAAUGACCAAUUAGCAAAAUCUAUAUCUGAAUAACUGCUCACUACUAAAUAGCUAUCGCCAUUCUUGAUCAUCCAACUCUUCAGUUCCCUUGUGGUUAAGGUAAACAGUUGCUCGAUCUCAAGAAAUGAUAUUUUAAUCCUUAACAAUGCAGUUAAAGUAGUUGAAGGUCUCUUGGAAGAACUAGACGUUGAGUAGGUAUGAUUCUCUUUGUAUUUAGAAAUCUUUACUCUUCAAAAGUCUUGCUGAAAUACAAUUUCAAAAUCUAGGACCCAAAUUUGCAAUGCCCAAUUUAGUUAAGCAAGUCAAGGAACUCUUAUUAUAAAAGAUCGAAUUAUUACAGGAGGACUCUGUCCUUAAUAUCUUCAAGGCCUAUGCAAGUCUACCAAGAUACUUUGAAAAUGAUCUAAUCAAAGAAUUGAAAGAUAUGAUAGUAACAACGAUUGAAUAGAACCCUAAUAAUUUAUCAUCAAAAUUCUUAGUCCAUCUUAUUGAAAGAAUUAUAAACAAUCACUCUUCCAGAUUCCCUUAAGAAAUGGUGAAUAAAAUCAUUGGAGAAUUGACAGAAAGAAUUCAAAAGAAGGAAGUUGAACCUCAACUCAUAAGUUAAUUGUGCAUCAAUCUUUUGAAUUCCAAGAAACAUGAUGAUUUGACAGCAGCUAUUAAAGAAAGUGGAGAAACAAAUGUUAAAAUUCUCAAUUACUUAUAUGUAAGUGGAGUUAACAUGAAGGAGUACGUUGACUAAUUUGUUUAGAACUAAGAAUCAAAGAGAAUCAACACCUACAAUGCUUUGCAUUAUUUAAUCUUUGCUCAAAGAGAUGCAUAAGAACACGUACAAACAUUCAUGAACGUCUGCAAAUAAGUAAUUCAAUAAAAUCCUCAUUCUCUUUUAAAAACAAUACUUGAAAUCAAGAUCAAUUCUUCAAUCAAGUAUUAAGUACAAGAGGAAGCAUUUAUGUAGAUUGUCGAGGAUGUCAAAUCCAAAAAAACUGAAAUCUUCAAGGUGCUCAAGGAAUUGUUGAACUCUUGCAUCAAUCAUAAAUGCAAAUAAGCCUUAAUUCAGUUAUGUGAAUAACCAGAAGGCAAAAGCUAUGGAAAAUUAAUCUUAAGCAAAGUUGUUGGCGAUGCAGAAGAAUUUGAUUCUGACAAAUUAUCCAUCAUUUUAUAAUUGCUACAAAAAGAUCCAAGUAACAUUCCACUUUACAAAUUUGUUGAUUAUUUAACUUUGAAUAUCCAAAACUUACAAGGAUUAAUAAGAAGCGAUCAAAUUAAUUGGGUUUGUUAGGUUAUAUUAAGUGCCUACUAAAAUUAAUCAUCAGCCAGAUUAAAUGCAAUUGUCAACUUUGUCUAAAGAUUUGAAAAUGCAGGGUAUUCAAGUAAAUCUAUUGCCUAAUUGGUUAAAAAAAUAUCUGAGAUAUACAGAGCAGCUAAUCCUAAUACUCCAUAUCCAGAUUCAACCUUUGUUUAACUUUUGAUUAAUUUGAAUGUUCUUACACCUGAAGAUGCUGUCAUUUAGUUGAAUAAUGAAAGAUCUUAUCAAUUUUUGAAAGUUCAGUUAUGUGGUAUUGCAUUGACCUUAGAGAAUCCUCCAGAGAAUGUAAUUUAAUUAAGAGAUAAAAUUAAAGCUGAAUGCUAAUUAGAUGCUGAGGAAAUGAAAAUAAAAUAAAUAUAAGAAGUCUCAUCUUUAUGCAAGUUGACUCAAAAUGAAACCGAUAAAAUCAAAAGUCAAAUAAAGGCUUAAGCAUCAAAAAUGACAUCUAGAUAAUACUUUGAUUUGGUAAUGUAUUCCAAAGAAGUUACCAUCAUUAAGGAAUUAGCAUUCCAAUUCCCAUCAAUUGGUGCCAAAUUAGGUUUAAUUAAAACUUUAAAAGUUGUUGAAAAGUUCUAAAAAUAUCACCUCUCAAAUCAAAUGAUAUAUAAUAUACUUUUAGAGCAAUAUGGGUAAUCCUUCAAUAGCAUUUUCAAUGAAUUGAGAAUCCAAGUCCUCUCUUUAUUGUCAAUUGGCAAACUUAAACAAGUCGAUGUAUUCUUGAAAACUCUUGAAAAGAUUAAUAAAUCCCCCCAAUCAUACAAAACCUUCUUUAAUGAUAUUUUAGAAUGUAUCAUCUAAUUGGGCAUGACUGAAAAUGAAAUCGUAACACAAGUGAAAAUUUUGAGUGAAAAACUCAACCUAGGUACUUCUUAAAAUUUGAAGUUGAUUCACUAUUAUGUUAUGGCUGAAUAGCCUCUCGAGGAAAUUGAGAAAAUAGCAUAGGGCUUGGAAGCCUUCAAAACUAGGGAAACAAAUAGAAUUAAUUAAAUCUAUGAAAUUCUGAGAAGAGUAUACCCAGAUUCGAAAGUAACUUAAGUUCAUGAUGCCUUAAUCAAGGAUGAUAAAACAACAAUUUCUUUCAAAAAAAGCCAAUACUCUAUUGAUUAUAUUCAACUUCUCUUGCAGGCAGUAGGAGUAUAAGUUGAGGUUAACCAUUAAAUAGAAAACAUUCUAAUUGAAAUUUAUCUACCUUAAACGUACUAUAUUUAUUCUAUUUCUAAUUAGUCAAUAAUCAGUCUUAACCCUUACAGGAUACAACUUAAAUUAUGACAGAAGUUCAUUGACAGGCUUGGGUGUGUUGCAAAAGAAGAUAUUAUCACUUGUUACAAAGCAAGUUUGUGUUGUCAAUUUUAAAGAAUUAAUUGAUAUUACAAAUUACGAAGACAAAGUUAAAUAUUUAUAAAACCAAGGUAUUUAAUGUAUUAAACUUUAGGAAUUCAAAUCACUGUAGAUCCAGCAAAAGCUGAUUUCAAUGCUCUAAAGCAAUUUGAAAAGAAGGAGAGCCAAAAAAAAUAAAAUAAUAAUAGAAAAUCGCAAAAUCAACAACAUGAAUUAGAUGAAUCUUUGGAACAAUUAGAAGUCCCUUGA